AUGGGUCUGUACAAGCCAACGAGACUCAUGUACGGCGUAAGCUCGGCGCCGGCUAUUUGGCAGCGCCUGAUGGAGGAAAUUCUCAGUGGCAUACCGGGCGUCACAGUGUUUAUUGAUGACAUUCGCAUCACCGGGCCGAAUGAUAAAGUGCACCUAGAGCGACUAGCUGAAGUGUUGAAACGGUUGAGUGAAUAUGGAAUGCGUGUGAAUCUCGAUAAGUGCCAGUUUUUUGAGGAAAAGAUCGAGUAUUGUGGAUACAUUAUUGACCGCCGUGGAAUUCACAAAGUGCAGAAGAAAAUUGAUGCUGUGCAGAAUAUGCCUGUUCCUCAGAACAAAGACCAAGUGCGAUCGUUUGUUGGGCUAGUGAACUAUUAUGGACGAUUCUUUCCGCAAUUAAGCACGACAAUCUUUCCGCUCAAUCAACUCUUGCGUAAUGACGUGCCGUUCAAGUGGUCCAAAGUGUGUAAUGAAGCUUUUCAAAAUGUGAAGAAGGAAAUGCAGUCGGAUCGAUUCCUAGUACAUUACAAUCCAGAGUUACCGCUAGUGCUGGCAACCGAUGCAUCGCCUUAUGGAGUCGGCGCGGUGCUCAGCCACAUCUUUCCGGACGGAUCUGAAAGGCCGAUUCAGUAUGCGUCCCAAACGCUCAAUGAAACGCAGCGCAGAUACAAACAAGUAGACCGUGAGGCAUACGCCAUAGUGUUUGGUAUCCGAAAAUUCUACCAGUAUCUGUACGGCCGCAAAUUUGUGCUGUAUACAGACAACGAACCCGUGAAACAAAUAUUCUAUGAAGCGAAAGGUUUGCCAACAAUGUCUGCAUUGCGUAUGCAGCAUUAUGCAACGUUCUUGCAGUCCUUCAACUAUACGAUUAAAUUUCGACCAACGAAGCAGCACUACAACGCAGACGCGUUCUCUCGGCUUCCGCUGAAUGUCAAAACACCGGAUAACGUUGUCGAGGAAAGCGAUUUGCUGGAAGUAAGUAUCAUCGAAACCCUCCCGCUAACAGUUGAAGAGCUGUCGAAAGCAACUGCAAUCGAUAGUUCGGUUAAGAUACUACUACAAGGACUGAAGAAUGGCAAAAUGGUAGACGGUAAGGAGCGAUUUGGAGUGGACCAGAACGAGUUUUCUCUACAGCAAGGCUGCAUAAUGCGGGGCAUUCGGGUGUAUGUACCUCCCGAGCUUCGCAGCAAGGUGCUCGCAGAGCUGCAUUCGGCACAUUUCGGUACUACACGUCUCAAAUCGCUUGCCAGAGGCUAUGUUUGGUGGGAAAGAAUCGAUAAGGACAUUGAGGAGUUAGUUAGAAACUGCGCAUCUUGCCAAUCGACGAGACCGAACCCGGUUAAGGUUACAACACAUUGUUGGGAACCUCCCAAGCAACCAUUCGAAAGAGUGCAUGUAGACUUCGCUGGACCUUUCAUGGGAACCUACUUCAUCGUGUUCGUCGACGCCUAUUCCAAAUGGCCAGUGGUCAAAAUCUUGCGAGACAUCACUACAGCAACAACAAUCAACGCCUGCAGGGAAUUCUUCACGACGUACGGAAUACCAUGUGUACUGGUUAGCGAUCAUGGUGUCCAGUUUACAUCUAGGUGGUGCGAAUAG